AUGGAAACACUCGAGUGCCCUUUCUCAAAAGAGAUAUGGAAAACUUUGGUUGGUGGAAUUUUGGAAACAGACUUCACGUCAACUUGGUCAGAUAUUAUGGAGCUCAUGACUCAACCUUCUCUAAACCCCACCGUAGCUUUCAUCCUAAGAUACGCCUUCCAAGCAGCAAUUCACGCAAUCUGGGGUGAAAGAAAUGGAAGGAGACACGGAGAUGACCCUGCUCCGCUUGCUGUCAUUGCAAAGAAAAUUGACACUACAGUUCGUAACAGACUAAGCACAAUCAGAAGUGAAGGAGUGAUGAAGCAGGAAGCUGGAUUGAGGAUUUGGUUUGCUACAAGGAGAGCUCCUUAA